GGCUGGGGGUAGUCAUGCUCCCUCAGUAUCUUUUUUAGGGGGCGGUUGCCCUCCCCCUUGUCUCCAUGGUUCCUACGUCACUGUGUCUAACGUUUCCCAAGCUCAUCUCCACAGAGUUUUGGGAAGGAUACCCGCAAGCAGUUGAAAGGUACUCACGAGAGGUGGCGUGGCUGAGUGUCAUCAAGCGCAACGGUCCAUAAGAACAUCUCCAAAGUUUCCUCUGCAUGUGCCAAGCGCCCGGCUAAUUUAAAGACAAGGUCAGCUUAGAACAGGAGUCCUCCACAGACAAUUCCCCAGAACAACGGCACACCCUCUCCACCUCAGUUCUGCUUGACCUCCAGAUCUCAAGAGAGCAGCGGGGAAUGAAAAGGGUGACCCGGUCUCGCGACGUCCUACAAAAAAGACGACUAUUUGGGCGAGGGCUCUGCUCACCAUGCGGCAACACCGAAGAACGAUCUAUGUCUUCUGACAGACCUUCUCCACUAGGAAUAUUUCUUCCUCCGUAAAGUGGUGUUAAGCUGCGAAGGAUUUCAUUUGGUAAAAUGGGGAUAGCAAAACAAACAUCACUACCAUUAAAAACUGCAGGAUCGCGCUGAUGCAGGGCGCCACCUAUAUAUUUUACCUCGGUUUGCUUUGUGUUGAAAAGAAAGGUCACCAAGUACUUUGAGACAAAGCGCAAAUCACCAGCUGAUGACAACAGAAAUGGCCUUGUCGUGCUCAACGCCAGUGGUGGUGCCAGCUUUCUGGUUUGCAUCUUUCUUUUCCAGUUUGGUGUCCGGCAAGGAGUGGGAACCGACCAUCAUCAGCGAGUACGACAAUGUCACCUGCAAGCUGCGCAUGCGCAUUGCGCCCUCUCUGGACACAGCGUUCAGCUAUGACGUAGCAGCAGUACGGACUGAUGGCCAGGAAGAGUACGAAGACCGCUGCUUAAACGUUCGGGGCAAGCUUGAAGUUCACUGUGAAAUCUCAGGCAUUCCAACAGACACCCCUUGUGAAUACCAAAUAAUGGUUCAGGCGAGAGACGUGUAUGGUAAAGCCAUCAGCCAGAUCCAUCGCAAUGCUACGCGGAUUUGCAUCUCAAGCGGUUCACAUACUCAAGCAACCGUUCGCAGUGAGAGCAGUACCAGAUGGGAGACCAAUGGCAGCCAGUCUAGCCCCCCGUCGGAAACUAUUGCUAGCGGAAACAGUUCUUCUCCGGUUGAAGCUGACUCAUCUUGGCGCCUUAUUCUAAUCAUCCUUUUUGCAGUGGUCACUUUAUUUGUGUUGGCGGCAGUGUUUAUAGUUUGCAUCAAGAAGUCACUGAGACACAGACAAAUGGGUUGCUGGCAUGUGAGUAACGACAGUAGGCAACACAAGGACACAGCACUCGAAUGUGGAAACCAGCUGUUGACGGGAGAGAACUGAAACAUGAUCUGGGUGGACAUUUAAGGAAGCAAAUAAAGGGAUCAACAAAAAGCUACAACAGACCUAUCUCAAAGGCAGAUAGCGACUAUUUUGAGGCCGAACAGCUGGUCUUUCCUAAUUUGCCAAUUUUUUUUUUAUUCAUUGCAUUU